CAGGUUCACAUGGACGUUGGACGACUUUUAUUUUGACGAUGUUUCUUCCUGUGAUGUCAGUCUUGUCGCUGGCUUCCUAUACGCUCAGUUUUGGUAAUGUUUUGCUAACUUUGAGGCGAACCAGCAUUAGAAACUGUAAUUUUGUCUUGACAGUGAAUUGUUUUGGUUGAUGUAAUGCUCAACAGAGCACAGAUGUGAUGUCUGCCUCUACAGUCAUUGAGGAGGUGGAGGAUGAUGUGGAGUUUGUGUCUGAGGGCCCUCUCAGACCAGUGCUGGAAUGCAUAGACCUGCUGAGUGACGGAGAGGAUGAAGGAGGCUUGAACGCUGCAGACACCAUCGAGGAUCAGGUUGACCGGCAGCGGGCUCAUGCUGUGUCCACGCUGGACAGACUGGCCCGUCAGGUUGCUGUGGAGAAACAGGAAAGGGCUGAAAAGUGCAAAGCUUUCAAGGAGAAGAUUAUUUCGCAGCAAGCACAUGGGCGACACGAGCUGUCGGUCAGCCGGAGUAAUAAUGACAGAGAUGAUGCCAAGCGUUGUGUGGACAUUUGGCUAAAAAUGCCAGGAUUACAGCCAGGCUCCAUCAACUCCUGCUCACUGUGGAGACGCAGAUCGGCUCCUGCUGCGGCACGCUUCUCUCCGCAGACCUGCCCGGUCAUCAACUGCGGCAGAAUCUACGACAAUGUGCCUUUACUUGAGGGGCAUCUCAAACGCUUUGAUCAUUCACCGUGUGACCCCGCUAUCACCCUGAAAGGCAACCCCUCUUCCAUCUAUGCCUGUGUGGCCUGUGGACGCCACUUUAGCUCUAAAGAGUCGUGGAAGGAACACCUGGAGUCUAAGGUGUCCUCCUCUGACGCUAACGGUCACAGUCGUUCCCAGACCUAUCAGCUGAUUGUAUGCUUUGCAUGUCCUGCCUGUUACCUCCUCUUCAACAUCAAGGACGAAUGCCUACAGCACAUGUCUGCAAAAAACCACUUCACUCAGUCCAUCUCUCUCAGUGAAGCAAAACAAUCAGCUGCGCCUGUGCCAGUUCCUCGGUACGCGAAGAACCGCUUGAUCGCUCUCUGUAAGGAUAUCAGCUUCAAUGUCAAGUGCACAGUCUGCUCUAAGGUGCUUGCCUCGCAUAUGGAGGCCAGAGCACACUUCAAUGUGCACUGCAGACACGGCUGCGCUAUUGCCACUGCCGACCAAAGCGUGGCUGACAUCAUGAGGAAGAUGGCAGUCGUGGGUCAGUGCUCCUCAUGCCUCAAACCUUUUCUUAGCGUGGGUCAGAUGGAGGAGCACAAAGAGCAGAUGAAACAUGAGGUGGAGAGGGUCAGCAGCAUGGCCUGGGCCCUUCUUUACUACAGCAACUACUGUGAAAUCCGAAACGCUCAGAAGGGCACGGCACGUGGGGCCAAAGAGAAUCCGAAUGAUUCGCAUGGGCCUUUAGCCAAGCGGAAAAGACUGGCUAGCUUAGAUUCCCAAGUCACGUCAGGAAAACAGUUCCAGCUCGCCUGGUUCUGUGAAUGCGGUCUACGCUUCACAGAGGAGGAUGGUGCAAGAAAACACCUCCUAGCGGCAAAUCAGAUCUUUCACAAAUGUGCGGUCUGUGGCAAGUUAAUGGGAGAAUCGUCCAUAACGCGCUUGCAUAUGAGCCGGUUCCACGGUGGCGCACAUUUGUCCAACUUCCUUUUCCACUGCAGGCUGUGCAAGGUGGAAAUGCCAAGGAUGGAAGACAUCAUGGCCCAUAUUGGUGUGAGCCACAGAGGGCACAACUACUACCAAGAAAGAGAAGACACUGUAGACGACCGUGUCUCCUCUAGUGUGUCCCCCAAACCGUCAACCAGUGCGGAAGCCAAAAUACUCAGACCAGCCAGUUCCUCUUGCGUCUCGCCUCCGAAAGCCGAGUCUUGGCUCUGUCGGAUGUGUGAAGACCUCUUCGACUCUGAGGCAGCAGUGCGGACGCACUGCAGCGAUUGGAGCAGCCACAGUUUCCAGAGGUUUGCCUGUGGUCACUGUCCGCAGAAGUUUUUCAAAGAGUCCACCCUGCGGCGCCAUUGCGCCAAUGAGCACGGUGGCGACAUCGUCCUCCGCUACUUCUGUGGACUCUGCGAAAGCAUGCUGUACGACACUGAGAACGAGUUUCAGGAGCACUACAACAGUCUGCAUAGCCAAGAUUACUACUGCUUGGAAAAUGCUCAGAAUACUUCCCAAGCAGCCACGGAAAACGCUGUUGAGAGUCCCAUAGCGAGUACAAGCCAUUCCCAACCUUGUCCUUGCAUGGGCUCUGAGAAAUCCAAAGAGGAAAGGAAACCCAUUUUCACAAAGUGCAUGAAACAGUUGGCUGCUGAAAACAAAUGCAGCUACUGCUGCCGCCAGUGCGACAAGAACACGCCCGCCUAUGCUGAGAUGAAGACGCACAUCCUUCUUCAACACAAGACCGAGGGCAGUGAGAAAAGUUUUGAUGUUCUGUGCACCAUUUGCUCACAGAGCCACAAAGAUGUACCUAGUUUCCAUUCACACUACCAUAAGCAUCACUGCCCGGCAGAGCCUUGUGCUUGUUCCCGACCCGACGGCACAGACGAGAAACAAGACCCCACCGGCAACAUCAUAAAUGCUGAGGAGAUCUUCCCUCAGAGCAAUGUAGAGGAAUUUCAAGAUGUAAAGAAUGCCAUUACCUCAAGUGCUCUUGGUGUUAAAAAAGAGGUGUGCGUUUCGCAAGAUAUUGAAGAUGAAGAUACAUUUGAUCAUGACAUGAAACUGGCUUUAGCCUUGAGUGCAGAGGAGGCCAUGAAAUCAAAAGAGUUGGAUAUUGAUCAUUCAGUAACGCCACUAGCAGAUAUGGCACAAGCUAAAAUUAAUGCCAAAAUGAACGAUGCAUCUAAAGGCAAAUUCACCCGAACCAUGUCAAUGGCGGACCGGUCCGGACGCUUACUGGAAAGUCUGGAUCAAAUUGAAAUGAGGGUGGAGGCUCUGCGCGAGGAAGCCACUGCUAUGGAGCAGGAGAGAGAGAGCUUGAUUGAGAUUAUCCAGUCGAUACAAAACAGCCAGGAAAUGAGGAGCAUUUGUGACGGGGAAAGGGAAGAGCUCUCCCUGACCGCCACGAGACUAAUGGGCAGGGCGUUAACAGUGCACGUCUCUGUGGAUACGAUCCGAAACAGCCAGCAGGAAGAGGCCGUGAAGAAAGCCAUAGCCAUUAUUGAUGAGAUUGCCACUAAAAUGCUGGAAGACAUGGAGGCGGCUAGAAAGAGGCUGCAGGCUCUUCAUGCCGCGUGUGUAACCGACGCGCCACCGGUGCCUGUUGAUCAGAAGUUUCAGAGCAUUGUGAUCAGCUGCGCCCUGGAGGACCAGAAGAAAAUCAAGAGGCGCCUCGAGACCCUCAUCAGGAAUGUGGACAAUGCUGAGAAAACCAUUAAAAUUAUGGAUAACCAGAAAGUUGAUCAUUCUAGUCUUGCCAAUGGCAAAUAGAGUGCAUUAGUGCCCACCCACUUUUUCAGCGGCCUUGUUCCGGAAUUAUUAGUCGCAUUCAUUUUUCCCAUAGGGAUUUUAAAAAAGUCUUCAGGAGUGUUCCAAUAGAGGAUGUGUUCCAUUAAUAGGUGUGUUCGAAUAACUGAUAUGUUCCAAUAAUCUCCAGGCGUGGUACAAAAAUGAAUAUGCACCAAUGACAAUAUGUUCCAGUGAUAUUUAAGAGUGUUCCAACACAGGGUGUGCUCCAAUAGAGAACAUGCUCAAAUUAUAUAUGCGUUCCAAUAAUGAGUGUGUUCCAAUAUUUUUUAAAAGAUGUGUUCCAAUAAUUAGGCAUUAAGUUAAUUGCUAAACGGAUCUUUAUAAAAAUCACAUUGUUGUUGCAGAUGAAAUGUAACAUGGAUAACAUUACAUAAAUAUUUUUCUCAUGUUAAAUGUUGAUUAUUAGUCACUCGAAACCUUUUAUCUAUACCUCUCUACUUAACUGCUGGUCGGGCAAAUCCGCCACGUUUUGUAGUUUUUUUUAACAUUUUUAUUUGUGUUUGUAAUUCUAAACCAAAUCCUCCUCCAAAGAGCAAUGGAUUAUGGGUAAUAUUAGCCAUUAUAGUGUGCACAAAUCCACACUUUGAAAAUCUACCAAAAAUAGUACACCAUCUGGGGACUUUUUACAUACUCUUUUCAACAUCCUAUGCUUUGGGACACACUUAUUUUAAUCCUACAUACUAUUUGGGACACGGGUAUUUUUGUAGGCCAAGCCGGAAGUUUGCAUAACCCUGGUUCCCUCAACAAAAACCCAAAAGGAUUUUUCUAUUGGCUUUUUCUUUAAUGCAGAAAAUAAGGCUGGUGAAUAGCAAAAGUUUAUAAUUCUUCCACGUUUUGAUUAUCCUGAUAAUCUUCACAAAUUAAUUCAACUUUUAUGAAUUUAAGCCUAAAUAUAAUUGGCAGAAGUCAAAAGCUAAACCUAGCUUUUAACCUAUCAACCUUUUUCCUACGCCCAAUGAUGCUUUGCGCAAAUUAUGGGACUAACUUCUGCUCAACUGUAAAGGUUCACUCUAUGAACGCAUUAAUAAACAUUUUCAAAAA